UUCAACCACUCGCCUCUCUGUUCCAGUGUGUUUACUACACUGCCGAGCAUAAGGGGAGACACUCGUCUUCACAUGCACUGAACCCACUAAGAAAACCAGUUUUUAGUUGUAUUCGUAAGGAAACCUCCAAGAGAUCAACAUGCCCAAGAGAAAGGCACAGGGAACAGAAGGAGGAGAUAAGGAGGAGCCCCAGAGGAGAUCAGCUCGGUUAUCGGCGAAACCAGCUCCUCCCAAGCCGGAGCCAAAGGUGAAGAAGGCGGCAAAGAAAGAAAAGGCGGUGAACGACAAGAAGGAGGACAAGAAGACCAAGAAGGCAAAGGAGAACGCCGAGGCAGAGGCCAACGAGGAGAACCACUCUGAGAAUGGAGAGGCCAAGACCAACGAGGUGGAGGCAGCCCCCGAGGAGGCCAAGGAGGAGGCCAAGUCCGAGUAGCACCACUGCCCCCCCCCAACCUUCUCCCCUGACCUCCGACCCCUCCAGAUUCCUCCUCCUACUCUACAUCCACCUC